CUUCGGCGUAUUGUCCACGAUGGCAUUAAAUGGGCCAAAAUCCGUGUGCUCCUCCACCCCCAUUUCCGACGACGAAUUCAAAACCGACGGCGCAGCUGGCCAUAGCCAACAUACAGAUAAUUCCCUACCUGGCCCCCUCUCUCUCUCUCUCUCUCUCUCUCUCUCUCUCUCUAUAUAUAUAUAUAUAUAAGCCGUUCCGUAUCUUUCUUGUUCAUACAGAAGAUGUGUAGGUCGACGGACUAUCACCGAUACCUGUCUUACAGUCGAGAUUGCCGCCUGAGAAUCAGAGCGUUCUUCGUCCAGUUUUCCGGUCUGAAUGCCCGGAUACCGUUGCCGGCAUCGGUCACUCUCCUCUACCUCCCACGAAUCAACGAGAACGCGCUCGAUGUCGACGGGGUAAGUAUCAGACCGGGCUCACCAGUGUUUGUUACUCUGCACCGGGUCGUGACAGCGAAGACGAGGGAUGGGGAGGCAGUGUUCGGGAGCAGAGAGCGGGUUCGGGCCAGCGAAGGGGUGCGGUUCGAGGUGUACCUGAGAGAGGAGAAGGUAUUGAAGGGGAUUUUCAGAAAAGACGAGGGCGACGAGUGGAAACUGGAGUGUAAAUGCGCGGUGGAGGUAGGCGAGGUUGAGGUUUCGGAGGCAGAAGUUUGCGUGGCCGUGGAGGGUCACGUGGCGAUGAAUGAGAGGGUGGAGAUUGUGGCGAGGAGGAGGAAGAAUAAAAGUAGGGGUUGUGGAUGGUUGGAGGAGAUUCCGGAAGAGAGAGAGGAGGAGGAUACCACUCAUGAAUCAUACGGCUGCUGGUGUUCUUGUGGGGAAGAGGAGAUCAGUGGAUGGGACGGUGGAGAAGUAGGGGAGAAGUGGGGCGAAGAAGAUAGUAGUAAGUUGGUGGGGAUGGAGAAGGAAAUGGAAGGAGUGAGAUGGGCCGUUGAUGUGGGGAUAUGGGCCAUGUGUUUGGGGGUUGGCUUCUUGGUUUCUAAAGCUUCAGCUAGGAGGUUGAGACGCGGGAAAAUAUUUUGAGGCUUUUGUUCACCCUUCCACUUAGAGUAAGCUUAUAGUUGGAAGAUCAAUUUUGAAAAACUUUCCCUAUAAAGAAGCCAACAAGAUAGUAGUGAGCUUAUAGUUGGAAGAUCGAUUUUGAUAAACUCUAUAGGUCACUUUGUAUUCUUUAUACACUCUAUACAGUCAUUUGUUAGACAUUCUAAUUGUAAACUUUUAGAAUUAGGUGGGUUGGUCCUAAUCAAGUGUCAAUAAAAAAAGAAAAUCUUGGGUUAAGCAAGAAAA